AUGCCUUCCCAAGUGGCCACGUGCUUGCGCAUUGCGCGGCAGUUCUCCGCCGAGCCGGCCAAGCACCAGCGCUUCCUCGCGCGCACCUUCUCCAGCAGCGUGCGCCGAUGCGAGAUCAACAAGGUGUUCCCGUCUGCGGAGGAGGCGAUCAAGGACAUGAAAUCCAACUCAACCCUGCUGGCCGGUGGAUUCGGGCUUUCCGGCGUGCCGGACACGCUGAUCAACGCCGUGCGGGCCAACUCGUCCAUCACCGGCCUGACUGUGGCGAGCAACAACGCCGGCGUGGACGGCUCCGGACUGGGUCUGCUGCUGCAGUCUAAGCAGAUCAAGAAGAUGAUUGCCAGCUAUGUUGGCGAGAAUAAGACCUUCGAGCGCAUGUACCUCACCGGUGAGAUUGAGCUAGAACUCACGCCGCAGGGUACCCUCGCUGAGCGCUGUCGCUCUGGUGGCGCCGGUAUCCCGGCUUUCUAUACUCCGGCGGCGUUUGGUACUGUCGUGCAGACAGGCGACCUGCCGCUCCGACACAACAGCGACGGCACCGUGCAGCUGUACAGCAAGGCCAAGGACACCAAGGUGUUCGACGGUAAGAGCUAUGUCAUGGAGGAGUCGAUCAAGGGCGACUACGCCUUCGUCAAGGCCUGGAAGGCCGACAAGCUGGGUAACUGCCAGUUCCGGUAUGCGGCAGCCAACUUCAACGGUGCCAUGGGCCGCAACGCCAAGAUGACCAUCGUUGAAGCCGAGCAUAUCGUUGAGCCCGGCGAGAUUGAACCCGCCGCCAUCCACCUGCCCGGUAUCUACGUCAAGCGCGUCAUCCAGAGCACCACCGAGAAGAAGAUUGAGAAGUUCACCUUCGCCAAGGAGGAGGGCGCCGACACCUCCGCACUGGGCUCCGGAGACACCGCCAACAAGCGCGAGCGCAUCGUCCGCCGCGCAGCAAAGGAGUUCAAGAACGGCAUGUAUGCCAACCUGGGUAUCGGCAUGCCCAUGCUGGCUCCCAACUUCGUGGAUUCUUCCGUCGAGGUCACUCUGCAGUCUGAGAACGGUAUUCUCGGCCUAGGCCCGUACCCCAAGAAGGGCGAGGAGGAUGCCGACCUUAUCAACGCCGGCAAGGAGACCGUCACUCUCAAGCCUGGCGCGUCUUGCUUCGGCAGCGACGAGUCCUUCGGCAUGAUCCGCUCUGGCCGUAUCGACCUGACCAUCCUGGGUGCUAUGCAGGUCAGCGCCAAGGGCGAUCUGGCCAACUGGAUGCUCCCCGGCAAGAUCAAGGGCUUCGGCGGCGCCAUGGACCUGGUCUCCAACCCGGCCGCCACCAAGGUCGUCGUGACCAUGGAGCACACCGACAAGAAGGGCAACCCCAAGAUCGUCAAGCAGUGCGAGUUCCCGCUGACUGGCCCGGCCUGCGUCAGCCGCAUCAUCACCGACCUCUGCGUGUUCGACGUGGACUUCACCAGCGGCCUGACUCUGAUUGAGAUCGCGGACGGCGUUACCGUCGAGGAGGUCAAGGCCAAGACUGAGGCGCCCUUCAAGGUGGCCGAGGACCUGAAACCCAUGCUGUAA